GAUGCGUUCGAGGGAGACGGAAAGGACGACAUCGCAAGUGGGAUGGAGGGUAUCCAUCAAAGGAGGCGUUGCAGCGAAUAGUUUGUUCGCGACCGGGGGGAUUCGAGAAUGGUCUUCGUCGCCCUUCCCCCUCAAACCCUAAUUUUCUACAGAAAUCCUUCCUCCUCCCCCUUUCUGCUCGCCAUCAAUCUCUCCUCCGCCAUUAGAAUUCGCAAAAGAAGAGACAUUGGCGCUACAUUUAGAAGCAAUGGCUCCUAUUGGAGUAGUAAUUCUCAGGAAGAGAAAUCCCUCUCUCAUCGCACCUCGAUCGUCCUUUCUUCCAGGAUUUGGUUGGGUAAAUUGGACAACUGCUUUAAGCUAUUGGUCUCGGGAAUCAUCACAUUCUCCACUCUAUUCUCGCUCAGUCCCGUGGCUGAUGCCGUCAGUGACCAGGCCUACUCCUUGACGUAUCAGUGUGAAGAUGUUGGGAGUUAUUACCACGAUGUUGAUGGGUUGAAAGGUGCUGCAUUGAUGAAGAAGCUCAAUUCCAUUGUUUCCCCUCACCUAUCACUGCCUUACAAAGAGGUGUGGGAUGCGCUCAAGUUUCUUGAUGCAGCUGAUAUUGAUAACCCAGAAACCUCCUCAGAAGUAAUUGAAAUCUACUCACUGAGACCAGUCUCGAAGCUGUUGGCAGGAAAGCCAGAAGGAUGGAACAGAGAACACUUAUGGCCUCGUUCAUAUGGCCUAACAGAUGGCCCAUCUUUAACUGAUUUACAUAAUAUUCGUCCUGCAGGAUGUCAAUGGUAA